AUGUCUGAAAAACAGAAUAUGAAACCAAAGGUAGCAACAGAUUUUAUCAAAUUCAAUUCACGGAGGUCAACCGUGUACUCUACGAAGGGAAUGGUUGCAUCCUCCCAAGCAUUGGCGAAUCACGCAGGUAUCAAGGUCUUGUCUAAGGGGGGCAAUUGUGUUGACGCAGCAAUUGCUGUUUCUGCCGCGUUAUGUGUUGUUGAACCAGGAUCCACUGGAAUUGGAGGAGACUGCUUUUCGUUAUAUUACAAACGGGAGACUAAGGAGGUUCAUGGCUUGAAUGGUACUGGGCGGUCAGCCAAAAACUUGACAAUCCAAGAUAUCUGUGAUUGUUACAAUAAUGGUCAACCAAUGAAAAGAAUUCCUCCUGAAUCGGUAUUGACGGUAAAUGUUCCCGGAGCAGUGGCCGGGUGGGUUGAUUCAUUUGAAAAGUGGGGAUCUGGAAAUGUGACUCUAGAAGAGAUCUUAGAACCAGCAACUUCGCUAGCCGAAGAGGGAUUCCCAGUCUGUGAUAUAGCAUCACGAUUAUGGCAAAGUGCCGAGGAUAAGCUUAAAAAACAAAAUCCCGAUUCCAAGAUAAUCGAAAAUAUGUUCCUUUUUGGAAAUGCUGCCCCAAAAGAAGGAGAUUUUGUUACCAAUAAGCCACUUGCUGAAGCAUUUAGAGUUAUUGCUAAAGGAGGCAAAGAUGGCUUCUAUAAGGGCCCAAUAGCAGAAGCAAUUAUUAGAGAAACAUCGUCGAGAGAUCAUAAAUUGGACUUGAACGAUUUAGCAACCCAUACAUCAACUGUCGUAAACCCAAUUAAAACUCAAUUCCAAGAUUAUAAAGUAUGGGAAAUUCCUCCUAACGGUCAGGGUUUAGUUGCAUUAUUGGCUUUAGGAAUCAUUCAGCAACUUCAUAAGAGUGGUAAGAUUGAUUUAUAUAAGUUGAAACAUAACUCUGCAGAGUACUUCCACGUUCUAAUUGAGGCAACAAAGAUUGCAUUUUAUGAUUCGGAUGAAUAUGUUACGGAUCCUGAAUUUUCAAAAAUCCCACUUGAUGACCUCUUGAGCGAAUCAUACUUGCAAGAAAGGGCUGAAUUGUUCAACAAGGAUAAAAUAUUGGAUAGCAGUGUUAUUAAGCACGGUGUACCUAAUCCUAAGUAUAAAUCGGACACUGUAUACCUUGCAGUUACUGAUUCUAAUGGAGAUGCUUGUUCAUUUAUUAAUUCUGUUUAUGAUGAUUUUGGUUCUGGUAUUGCGGUUCCCGAUUAUGGGUUUUGUUUGCACAAUAGAGGUGCCAAUUUCAAUUUAACACCUGAACUUCAAAAUUGCUUUGAAGGAGGUAAAAGACCUUACCAUACAAUUAUCCCAUCAUUAAUAACAAAUGUGGAAGAUGAUUCUUUGUUUGCUGCCUUUGGUAACAUGGGUGGCUACAUGCAGCCAGUUGGCCAAGUGCAGCAUGUCUUGAAUCUAUGCAUCUUUGGUUUCACACCUCAACAACUGAUUGACCUGCCAAGAUUUUGUCUCAAUGCUACAAAGGAUAAAAUAGACUCAGACAGGGGUAGGGGAAGUGACGGGCCAGUGUCAACUGCUGUGACUGAAGUUGCAUUAGAAGAUGGAAUUGACUCAAGUGUUGUCGAAGAAUUAUCAAAAUUGGGACAUACUACAAAGGUAGUUACAGGUUACAAUAGAAAAAUCUUCGGACGUGCCCAAAUUAUCCAAGAUGCGUCUAAGGAUGGUCAAUUAAUAUAUGCUGCUGGUUCAGACUUAAGAGGUGACGGAGCUGCUACACCAUUUUUCUAG